AUGCAGGUCGUACUUGCAACAUGUUUCCUGCUCUUCGCAGCCACCCUCGCUCCUGCCGCAGCACAACGGAUAACGACGAUACAACUCGAUGGAGUGCAGUACUUUAUAUCAAGAAUGAACCCAUACAGUCCGGAGCUCAACUAUUUCCUAGCAUACCAAUAUUGCAGGUCGUUAGGUCUUCAAUUAGCUUCGUUUGAGACUAAAGAAAAGGCCGACUCAAUUACUACGUACCUGACGAAUGCAGGUUACAACAAAUAUGACUUCUGGACGUCCGGAAACAAUCUAGGAACAGAUAUGUAUCUAUGGAUGAGCACUGGACUACCGUUCAACGCCACGUUUAACUACAUGAGACGUCUGACUAUGGACCAGCCGAGCCAGCACGCUGACGAUAGCAUGGACCCCUUGGACGUUCCACAAGGCAGCACUGCACCCCAACGCACUGCUAGACAUGGUCUGUUUUCUAGAACCGAGCACGUCAUGACGAACGGUUGCGUGUCUCUUAAGGCACCGACUUUCCACUGGGAGCCCCAGCACUGCGGCGAGAUCAAGGACUUCAUCUGCGAACAGACUCGCUGCUACUACUAUAACUACGGCUCGAUUCCCGUUUCCUCGGCGCAGGGAAAGCCACUAUCACUGACGACCACGACCACAGCGCACCCGAUCACAUCGUCGUCGCCUCUCCCGCCACGCUCCGAGCAUCUUCCGACACAUUUUACCCUUAACGACCUCAUCGGCAAGCUGCGACCCUCGUCUCUCGACGGCCUUCAGUCCCCACAUCUUAAAGGUGGAGCUCUUCUCAAGUCACCCCCUCAAAUAGAUUCGCACUACUCUCGUGCCGCUGACGCUCACCCAAAGGAACCGGAGCGUGAACCAAAAGAGGAACCAACUCAAGGCCCGUAUGAGGACGACGAGGGUAUGGCGGGAGACGAUCCCGCUGCCUACUUAACUCAGGAGGCUCACGACGCCCCAGCAGCAGAGGAGAUACCCUCCACCGCCGAGCCGGACGCUACUGAGCGGUCCGUCCACGCCAGCGGUAUGCUGGCACCCCCCGCCUACUAA